GGGGGGGGGGGCGUGUGCCCGGCGGGGCGGAACCAUGCGGAGACGCUAGUAGGGGGAGCCCCGGGGAAGGGGGUUCGGUCCGGCUCCCGGUGCCGCCGCCGGGUCCGCCAUGGCCUCGAACUGCGCGGGGGGCUCGUCGGCGGGAGGCGUCGGGGCGGCGCUGGGCACGGCCCUGAGCGCCAGCAAGACCAAGACCAAGAAGAAGCACUUCGUGUGCCAGAAGGUGAAGCUGUUCCGGGCCUCGGAGCCGCUGCUCAGCGUCCUCAUGUGGGGAGCCAACCACACGAUCAACGAACUCAGCAAUGUUCCCGUCCCUGUUAUGUUGAUGCCUGAUGACUUUAAAGCCUACAGUAAGAUUAAGGUGGACAAUCAUCUAUUUAACAAGGAAAACUUGCCAAGUCGCUUUAAAUUUAAGGAGUAUUGUCCACUGGUGUUCCGAAACCUCCGAGAAAGAUUUGGGAUUGAUGAUCAAGACUACCAGAACUCGGUGACCCGGAGCGCCCCGGUGAACAGCGACAGCCAGGGCCGCUGUGGGGCCCGGUUCCUCACCACCUACGACAGGAGGUUUGUCAUCAAGGCGGUGUCGAGCGAGGACGUAGCGGAGAUGCACAACAUCUUAAAGAAGUACCAUCAGUUCAUAGUGGAAUGUCACGGGAACACCCUCCUGCCCCAGUUCCUUGGCAUGUACCGGCUCACCGUGGACGGAGUGGAAACCUAUAUGGUGGUAACCAGAAACGUAUUUAGUCACAGGCUGACAGUGCACAGGAAAUAUGACCUGAAGGGCUCUACAGUAUCCAGGGAAGCAAGCGAUAAAGAGAAGGCAAAGGAUUUACCAACAUUCAAGGACAACGACUUCUUGAAUGAGGGCCAGAAGCUGCACGUUGGAGAAGAAAGUAAAAAGAACUUCCUUGAAAAGCUGAAGCGGGACGUGGAGUUCUUAGCUCAGCUGAAGAUCAUGGACUACAGCUUGCUGGUUGGGAUCCAUGAUGUUGACCGAGCGGAGCAGGAGGAGAUGGAGGUGGAGGAUCGGGCAGAGGAUGAGGAGUGUGAGAACGAUGGUCUCGGAGGCAACCCCAUCUCCUCCUACGGCACACCCCCCGACAGCCCCGGCAACCUCCUCAACUACCCUCGCUUCUUCGGGCCUGGAGAGUUCGAUCCUUCUGUCGACGUCUACGCCAUGAAAAGCCACGAAAGUGCCCCCAAGAAGGAAGUGUACUUCAUGGCCAUUAUAGACAUUCUUACGCCAUAUGAUACGAAGAAGAAAGCUGCACACGCUGCCAAAACGGUGAAACAUGGGGCCGGGGCAGAAAUCUCCACCGUGAACCCAGAGCAGUACUCUAAACGCUUCAAUGAAUUUAUCUCCAAUAUCCUGACAUAGUCGUCUUCAGCCUUCGGCGAGAAAUGAAGAGAAAGAGGGGCUACUUCCCAACAGAGGACGCAGCCUGUGACACUAGAACAGACACUGUAGCAGCAUGUGGGGUGUGCAUGUGUGUGUGUGCGUGUGCAAGAGUGAGCGUGUGGCGCUGUGUGACUUAAGAGAAAACUCAUUCUAGGUGCACCCUCCAACGGUCCACUUGACCCAGGUGGAAAAGUGGGUUUUUAUGUUACAGAAGUGCCCAGACAUAGAUUUGAGGGCUUUUUAAAACAAGAAAAGUGCAUUGUUUCAGCACUGCUCUUUGUAAUGACGUUUUCUCCUCUCUGAUCCAGAGAAUCCCAUCGGGAUGCGAUAACGUGGCACUGUAUGAAAGGGGUCGCUCUAGAUCACGGUCGGUAGGAGUGAAGCAGUGCCUGAUUCCACAAACUACUACUUUUUUUUAAUUUUUAUUAUUAUUAUUAUUAUUAUAAUUAUUAUUAUUAUUAUUAUUAUUGGACUGUCUUUGCCAGAAAGACAUGCAAGCCCUUUUAUUUGCCUCUUGGUAGGAAUUGGAAGGAAAAUAGCUCAGCAUUUCAAGGAUGGAAAAUAUUACUCUGAUAAGGAGGAGUCGCUGAACUUUAGGUAAAUUCAGACUGGGACACUUUAUAUUUUUUGGUUAAUUUAAGUAACAAAAACUGCUUUUGUAACUGCACUUGAUUUACAGGAAAGACGAGGGAAAUGAACAUCCACCAAAGACGAUCGCUUAAAAAGGUUUGGCUCCUAGAACCUAAAAUUGAACAGUCUGAGAGGUAGUAGAGGCACUGAACAACCUCAGAUAAUCAUGUGCUCGGACCCAUUGUGCUUUCAAUUGGCCAGCUAUGAAGAUUUCAUAAAAGAAAAUAAGGUGUUUUGUACCUGUAGAUAUGGGAUAGGAUUUGAGUAUCUGGAACGUUUCCCUGUCGCACCUCGGUCGGGAGUUGCCGUGUCUCUUAGGUGACAGCCUCACAUCGCGGUUCUGCCAGUGUUAAUCUAGCUAAUGUUCAGUCUUCCUUCCUCGCCCCAUCUGCAACAGGUACUUGAAUUUGUUUCCUGACAGAGGCUCUUUGGUUAGUCGGUUUAUUUUGUAAAUGCUAAUGUGACUUGCACACGAAGGAAUCGGACUCGCUGCCAGUGGGGAGUGUGGGGAGCUGUGACUGUGGAGCAAAUCCCACCGCUCAGGAGGACUCGGGACUUGGGCUGUGGUUGUUCCCACACUCCUCCGCUCCGUACCCCUCUCUAGAGCGACAGUCAAGGAGUGGAAACGUUCAACCCCUUGCGCCAGAUUUAUUUCCCCCCUAAGGAGUUGGAACUGAUUUGCGUGACUGAAUAACGUCCUGUUGUCUCCAGAACGCUUGUAAUAUUUUUCACAGCCGAGCUUGUCAGACUUGCUUUGGGUUUCGUUAGCUCUGCCGCACAACAGUUACAGACCUUUUGGUUCAGUUUUCGUUACUUUAAAUUUUCUUUCUGAGCAGGAUUUAGUGUUUUGAACAAACCUCUUGCAGUUGAAACAUAUUGCUUAUCUGCCUUGAAACUGUUCUCACAUAUGCCUUUGUUUCGGGAAUAAGCUGUUUCGAAUGUCUGUCCUGUGCUGUAACGCGUGCUACAGUUUGCUGUGUGGAAUUUGGUCCUGUUGAGAGAUAACUGGUGCUCAUCACAUCCCGGUAAUUGCCCUCGACUGACGCUGGCUCUGGGCUGGAUGCGGAAUGUGGGCUUGGUUUUUGGUUCUCACGUUCAUACCCACAUUCGUGACGCGAAUCCCACAGGUCUCAGCUCUGAAACGCCCAAAACGGAGCUGGAGUUUCAGCCUGGCAGAGUAAAUAGAGUCUUUGAGAAGUCAAAAUUAAUAGUAGGGAUCAUGAUGGGAUAUGAAUCUUUUUACUCGUUCGUGGGUCGUUCCCUUUAAUAUGGGACAAGUUUUUCCCGCCGCUGUAGUCCGGUCCCCGUUGUGUGUGAUGUGGGGAUAACACACCGUUGUCUGGAGGCCCAAGAGCCUCGUGUCUUAAGGUGUAGAGCUGGAAAAGCCACAAAACCAGCGCAGCUAUGAGAAUCCUUUAAAAAAGGGAGGACUUCGAGGGUAUCAUCAGCUUAGCUUUGUGGGCAUUAUAUAGGUUGAGUAAGCGCUUAAGUUUACUGUCGAUCAGAAAUUAAGUACCAAUCGCUUUUUAUUCUUGACAGUUUUAAAAAUCUGCAUUGAAUCUGCAACUUUGGCCCGGUAAGUUCACCAUUCUCCUUCUGGGAAACUCGCUGUUUGUCUCUAAAUCAUGUAUUAAACAAUGAGUAAAGGGGGGAGGAAAAGAGAAGGAAAUUAGUGAACUGCAGGGAGAUCCAACACAAAAAUACCGACCCAAAGAAAGUAGAAUAAUGAAGCUUGCGUAGCUCGGAGCAACAGUCUCGUUCGCUGAAUUUCAUACCCAGGAAUGGAGUGAAACUGCAGUUAGUUCCUGCAGCGAUCUCUGCACAAGUCACGGUGCAAAGGGCUUAGGAGCAGUUGGCCGGUGUUUCCCUAUUCCACUCCAACCAAACUCAAUUGGCUGCUCUGGCUCAAGUGACCCGAAAAGCCCCAUGAACUCUGUUCACUUUAGCACUUCCCAAUUCUGCCACUUCCGUCAAGUUGCCAUACUGUGUGUAUUAAAGUAAUUACAUGCAAUUUUCUCACUUAACGAUGUAUUACCCAGGUAUGUAACUUUGUUAAGCAUUUUGUAUAUUGUUUACAUUUUGAGAGGUAGCAUUAUGUUAAAAAUGCUAAUUUUUGUUUCUAGACAGUAUUUUUAUUACCAGAACAAGAAGUGAAGCUGCAAAUAUUUGAUUUGUUUUUAAAAGGGACUUCUUUUCUUUCAUUUUUAUUGUUUUGGUUUGUUUUUUAAUCUUGUUUUAGGUCACUUUUUUAACUCAAAGUAUUUAAAAGGAGAACCCAGCCCUUUCGAUUCUGGUUUUACAACUGCUUGUGCUAGUUUGUCGUCUGUUUCUGGUGUGAGUUUAGUUCUAGUUUGCUAAGCGUAGAUAUUUCUGUCUGUAGCGCGUACCCUGCGGAACACUUGACACUGAAGUGCGUUUGACUGAAAACCACCCCCGGCUGAAAGAGCUGCGGUAGGUAGGCAGAUCACCCAGCCCAUGGGCGGAUCGAUGGACUUUUCAAGACAUUUCAGUGCAAUCCUUUGGUCAACUAGAGUUUCAAAAUGACAAAAACCAACCUUAACGUGCGGUUCACCAAGCUGGGGUGAGUUUGGGUGAGCUGCAGGAUUCCUAUCCCUGUGCUGAGGGUGUUUCUGGACACAGCCCUUUGAACCUAGAAUGUGUAUCCCUGUUGAGAUAGCUCUGGAAUCAGCAGGAGAGGGAAGGCAGAGCGUGGAGUCGCAGUUCAGGUGCAGCUCUGCUCCAAUAGCGCAAUAAAACCCACUCGAGAACACAUUGGGGCACCGUUUAAUUAGACCCGCGUGUUCUGGAGCGUGAGGCAAAGGGCCUGGUGUUUGUGAGCUUGUAGAGAAAAGUCAUCAGGAGUUCACUUCUCCCAGCGAGGAGCAGUGGGAGCCUUCCCUCUGGUGUGGUACACACCUCUGAUUGACUGCGUUUUAAUUAGAAAAGCCGUGCUCAUUAAAUGAAUCGCAGUGAUAACUUCUGGGGUAGUAGGUAACUGCAGAUUUUCUGCAGGAAUGAGGCUGCGCUCCCACACCUGAGGUUUGAAUUGGAUUAGCAGCAAAACCAACUAAACCGCUCGAGUCUGAUUUCCUUUCCAGGGAGGAAACUCCUGCUUUCCCCUCCAAAGGGGAACUCGCCUUUUAGCCCCAAAAAAGCCACAAACCAGGGUUGUGUUGUAGUUUCGGGCUGGGUUUGGUAGGGUUGUGUCUUGGCCUCGUUGGACAAACACAUCCCACUCCUGCGUCCCUGCACGGAGUCCAAGUGUUCGACCUCCCGGUGGUACAAACCUUUCCGUGUGUGUCCUGAACCCGGUUUCCAACACCGCGUAACCGAUCUGGGACAGAUCACCCUUCAAAUAGCCCCGAAAAACCAGCUUUCCCCCUCUGUGUCUUAACACCCCAUUUCAGGUUUGCCUUCCCCAGCUCCUGAGAGCCAUUCUCUGGUAUCCGUAUCAGCCACUACUGAUUUCCCGUGCUCUUUUGAAACAAUUAUCUCGUGUAACAGCGAUGGCAAAGCUUGAGGAACCAACUGCUGGUCAUCCGUAGUGGUUUCGCUUUUCACCGCUCCCAAGUUGCGCUGCUCAUUUGUUUUGCCGCGCAACGCGGAAACGCAGCCGGGUUUUGUGUCUAGUGAGCGUAUUACACACAGGCCACAAGGGCGGGCAGGGCUAAUCAGUGCAACUGAAAAAAAUGUGAAUAAAUUAAGUUUAAUCUAAAACUUUAAAAUAAAGCAUCCUAGGUUUUUUCACUGCUGUUUUUUAAAUAGGAAUUUUAAGUCCUCUGUGCUUGUCUGUUUGGUAGGAGCAGUUUGAGACACUGUUACUGUUUUGAAAUGCAUGCAUGUUACAAGAUGAGUCUCCAACCAGAGAAAAUAAAAUCAAAACUUUGUGUA